UUCAUUUUUUGUUUUCAAUGCUGAUUAUCAUACCUAAAAUGAAAAGAAUGUAGAUUAUGGUCGUAUGGCUGAAAUACUCGUUCGGAGGGCAGGCUCUACUGAUGAAUUCACUCGGUUGACAUCUAUCACAUGGAUCAACGAGUUUGUGAAGCUUGGUGGGGAACAACUUGUUCCCUACUAUGCAGAUAUAUUGGGCGCUGUCUUACCAUGCAUAUCUGACGAGGAGGAGAAAAUCCGAGUGGUUGCACGCGAAACAAAUGAGGAACUCCGUGCUAUAAAAGCUGAUCCAGCUGAGGGAUUUGAUAUCGGAGCAAUUCUUUCAAUCGCAAAAAGAGAAUUGAACAGUGAACAUGAGGCCACUCGAAUCGAAGCAUUGCAUUGGUUCUUCACUUUGCUGGAUCGAUAUUGUGCUGAGUUCUUGGCUUACCUGAACGAUAUUUUUGAUCCACUCCUAAAUGCACUUUCUGAUCCUUCGGACGCGGUGAGUUUUCUUUGAAAAGCCUUCCAAACUGCUCUGCUUGUUUCUAGAAUUUGAAACUACAUCCUGUUGUGGGCUGUGAUUAGCUGAUAUUAUAUUGUGUUAUUUGUAUGCGAUGACUUAUAAAGUUAUAGUUUAGUACCAUUUCACAACUCAAUCAAGGUUUGGAUCUAUUUGGAGGGCACAAGCUGCAACUGUUGGGCCUGGUACUGUAGAACCACACCCCAGCACCAUUGGAGUAAUAAUCUUAGAUGAUAAGUUAGAUUCACAUAAUCUCUACUAUAUUUAAAUGGGAAUAAUCUCUCUUCGUGCGUCGCCACGCGUCUCCGCUCCUCCCGCCUGCCUAGCUGAAUUAAUCAAAAAAGGAGAAAAGGAAGAUGGCUCCAGGAUUCAAACCUGGACUGCAAGGACCAAAG